AUUUUCUCGUUCUAGUUGCUUGUGAUCAUGCGAAACCCCGCGUAGUUCAAAUUCGAUAAUUCUUAUCGCGAAUCCUACUCUCAUUUUUAUCAUUAUUUACCUACUUGCUUUCUUACUUACGAGUAUCUAUUUUUUUUCACUUUUUCAUAUGCAUUGUGACGGGUUGCGAUUGCGAAUGCGAUUACAAUUACGACUGCGACUGCGGCAAUAUACAGUACUCGUACUCGUACUCGUAUAGUCGAUUCGAGUCGCGAUGAACGAAUUAUCGUCACUUUAUUUGAUUUAAUUGUUUACCUACGGUACUCGGUACUACCUACUCGUAUUGUGCGAAUACCGCGUUCUUAAUUACUCGUAUUAACCUAUCUGUUUUCCUUUUCGCUAUCUACAUAUUAUUAAGAGUGCCAUUGCCAUUGUUCUUCUUAUCAAAUGCGAUGCGUUCGCGUACAUUUUCGUGUACACGUAUAUUGUCACUUAUGAUGUCAAAAUUGGGUCUAUUGUGAAUGAAAUUGAUAUCAGCAACCCUGCCAAAUUGACUACGAUGACGACGUUCGUUAUUAUCAGUAUUGUUCCAACUGUUAUCGCGAAAUGUGAAAAUGCAGACAAAAGCUCGGAUCGAUAACAGUAUACAAUACGAGAAAACCUGUAGCAGCUGUAAAUGUCCGAAAGAAGCGCACGAUAUUUACCACGAAGAAUGGAUUAACGUCAAAGAUCGGCUCGGAUUUAAAUCGCAAGAAAGUGAGAAAAAAUUGUCUCGCGACCAUUUGAUCGAAGGUUACACGUGGGUGCCGCCUGGUGUUUCUAGUCAUAAAGUUGAACAAUACUUCCGUUGUUUACCGCAAAAUAAAAUACCAAAGAUCGGCACGCCAGGAGAAAAGUAUCGAGACAAACAAUUAGUUUACCAGUUACCAAAACAAGACCUCGCGUUGUCCUAUUGCAAAAACGUCGAGCCCAAAGAUCAUCAAAGUUACGAAGAUUUUAUAAACGCGCGCAACGAGAUUGCUUUAGAUAUCGCAUACGUCGAAGAAUGCUCCCUAAAUGCGACUUGUCCUAAGUGUGAAAAAUCGCUUCAAGCGUCAAACUUGGCUGUUUUAGCGCCUAAAUUCGGCGAUUCUAUGCUGUGGCAUCCCAGCUGUUUCGUAUGCACCGACUGUGAUCAACUGCUGGUAGACUUGACGUACUGCGUUCAUAAUGACAAAUUAUAUUGCGAAAGACAUUACGCCGAACAGUUGAAACCUAGAUGCGCCGCAUGUGACGAGCUUAUUUUCAGCGGUGAAUUCACAAAAGCCAUGAACAAAGAUUGGCAUUCGACGCAUUUCUGCUGUUGGCAAUGCGACGAGUCGUUGACUGGUCAGAGGUACGUGUUACGAGACGAUCAUCCGUACUGCAUCAAAUGCUACGAAUCAGUAUUUGCAAAUCCUUGCGAAGAAUGCAACAAAGUCAUCGGAAUCGAUUCAAAGGAUCUGUCUUACCAGGAUAAACACUGGCACGAAGCCUGCUUCUUAUGUAGUAAAUGUCACAUAUCCUUAGUCGACAAGCAAUUUGGAUCAAAAUUAGAGAAAAUCUAUUGCGGCAGCUGCUACGACACUCAAUUUGCUUCGAGAUGUGAUGGAUGUGGAGAUAUCUUCAAAGCAGGCACUAAAAAAAUGGAAUACAAAACCAGACAAUGGCACGAAAAAUGUUUCUGUUGCGUUGUUUGUAAAAAUGCGAUUGGAACGAAAAGCUUCAUUCCGAAGGAACAAGAUAUCUAUUGCUCCGGUUGCUACGAAGAGAAAUUCGCCACAAAAUGCGUCAAAUGCAGCAAGAUUAUCACCAGCGGAGGUGUAACUUACAAAAAUGAACCGUGGCACAGGGAAUGUUUCACUUGUACAAAUUGUAACGCUUCGUUGGCUGGGCAGCGUUUCACAUCUCGAGAUGACAAACCAUACUGCGCCGAAUGCUUUGGAGAACUGUUUGCCAAACGAUGCAUAUCCUGCAGUAAACCUAUCACCGGUAUCGGUGGGACACGAUUCAUUUCAUUUGAAGAUCGUCAUUGGCAUAACGAUUGUUUCAUUUGCGCUUCCUGUAAAACUUCGUUGGUCGGACGUGGCUUCAUUACUGAUGGCGAUGAUAUCAUUUGCCCGGAGUGCGCCAAACAAAAACUUUCAUAGACCGAUCCAUCCGUUAUACCCUGCCCACAACAACCCACGACAUAUACUCCUUACCUAGCGCCUACCUACUUAAUUUACCUACCUACGAGUACAUAUAAUUUUUUAUUUACGCUAUAGUACGAUUGGGUAUGUAGCCUAUGUAGUUAGAGAUUACAUACCUAUACAUACUUAUAUACACUGGACACUUGACACUGGACAUGCCAUACCUAUACUUAUAUCGGUAUCCCUAAGUAAUGUAUGCCCUCAUCAUGUUGAUUUCCAUUCGAGGUAUGUACAUCUAUACAUCUGAAUUGCAAGUUUAAACUGCAAAAAAUCGAACCAAUAGGUCAGACAAGUAGGGGGAGUUCUACGUAAUUCGUGAAAUAUCCGGGUUCAUCUUCUAAAUAUAGGCCUAAUAUAUUGAUUAGAAAGAAAAUACCGCGGAACCACGAUAACGUUCACACAUGGCAUCGAAUUAAUGCCCACCCUGUUGAACACAACGUCCAAGUAUACCUACCUACAAUCGGAUGAAGAACAUGAUAUGCUGUGAAGCCUGAGAAGGGUUGGAAUAGGUACCUACGAUGUUUCAUCCGCAACUUUACCGCGAUACUUACUUUCCUAAGGUGUGAGAAUGAAUCGCGAAAAUUCAAAAAUUUCGCACUUUUUAGAAAUGUACUCGAUGAUUGAAACAGGAAGUUGAAAACCAAAUGCCUAAUUGCUUACAUUAUUUUUUAAAAAGUCUCAUUAUUUUCUCUUUACAAAAAUAAAAUGAAUCCGGAUACGUCGGUCUUUGCAACUUUCUCGUUUGUCCUUUUUUCCUCAUCUAUGGUUUUCUCUUUUUUACUAAUUGUGUCAAUUGCGUGUGUUUUCAUUUUGUUCUUUGUUUCUUUCAUUGGGUCAUCUUUAUGGAACGUUGUCAAAAUUACGUACGAGUACAUUACCAUGUUUGGGUAUUGGUGGGUAAAGUACGAGUAUACGAAGCAGUUUUCACUGCACGAUCACUGAUCAGGGAUCACGCUGGUAUUGAGGAAAUAAUCCCUCUGUAAUGUCAAUCACAUUCCCUAACUGUUCAUUUUCUACUGUAGACUACUCGUAUAUUUAUUUCAAAUUUCAACGUACAUACGAUGCACUCCUAAAUAUGACAUAUCUACUGAGGUAGUAAGAAUUAGGAUGUCGUUGUGAACGUGUAUAACUGUAUACGUAGAAUUUAUGGGGAUUUUCGUUUUUAUAGAAGCGAAUCGAUUCGACUCGUUUCAUGUCUUUGGUUCGUUCGAUGGCUGAACAUUAAAAAAUUCGAGUUACCAAAAAUAAUACGCAUUACGCAAGAUGGCUGUUCUUGAUGCGAUGCUUCUAAAAGUACAUAGACAUACAUAUCUGCGCUUAGGUCCGCAUGCUUUCAAUUUUAAUUUAGUAUUCGAUUAUUCGUCGACUUAUUUAAAUUUUGUUGUCCUUUUAGUACGAGUAGGUAGUUUGGUAUCUACUUUAUUACCCCAAAGUACUUGUAUGUAGUAAUACUAAUUUCUGCUCUUAUUUCCGUUCAUUUUAUGGAGAAUCAAUAUUGACCAAUGGUCAUUUCAAACUUUUACAAAAAUAGCCAUAGGUACUACGACGGUUUUAAAUCUCCUACCAUUUCUCAUUAUUUCAUUUUUUAAAAUUCAUUAUUUAUUUAUUUAUUUAUUUACCUAUUUAUUGAUUUAUCAUUUUAUUCAUUUUUCAUUUGUGGCAUAUCGUCCAAUCAAUCACUUACCUACCUACUUACGUAAGGUUUUGAUUUUUAAAAAUUUUGACUGUGCGAGUGUGAACCAGUGUUCUCCUUCUAAUUGUUGCGUCGAGUUGGUAAAAAUAGAAAAUUUUCAUACGAGUAAUGCUGCAAGAUUUUGCAUACCUUACCUCCAUAUCAUAUGUUAAGAUUCUUCACUCACAAUAAAUAUUUACGUAAGUUUACGUGUUAAAGUCCUAUCUACGUAUUACGUAGGUAGGUACAUUGAUUUGUUUUCUCAUUUUUAAGCAUUUACCUAUUGUUAUACAUAUGUGAGCGCUAUGUGAGCGUAUUUUUUAAUGUUUUAUUAUCUACGUAUAAUUUUAAAGUGCUACAGCCUAGAGCAUACCUUUUACCUACGUAUCUGCGCUGAAUACAUAGAUUAAAUCAACACUCGGAUUACAUACGUAUAACCGAUACGAUUGCAUAGUGCAUAGUUGCAUAUUACGCAUACCCUAUACAUACUACCCACAUUUAACAAAUUUUAACUCAUCAGUCAUCACUUAUUAUUGGGUAUCAGUAUCACUAAUAUUACAAUCGAUGUAAAGCUAACUUCUAUCCUUUCUUUAAGAAUGUAUACCUACCUACUGUACAUUAUGUCUUAUGUCGCCUUAUACUCGUAUUCUACCAUUAUACAUUUUUUCCUUCUUUGUAAAA